UAAUAAUGGACAUGAAUAAAUACUUAUGUGUGUAUACGUAAUAAUCACGUAACAUGUGAUUUUGUUUUGUACGACUCAAAUUACUUUUAAAAUAAUUUCAAUUAUGAAAAAAAAAAAAUAUUUUGCGUUUAUUUUUCACCUUUUUCUACGAUCCAUGGCCACUGCGGAUCUGUAUCCGUAAUCCAGUUAAAAAACAAAAGCGGCGUUCAGUUAAAAGGCAAAGACUUGUCAAAAAAUGUCUUGCUCUAAUUUUUAUGAAAUAUUACCUUUGGCCAAGCAAGUGAAAUAGUGGCAGAUAUAAAAGAACAUGCCAAAAAUUAGAGAGUAUAAUGAGGAAGAAGCUAUGAAAUUGGACGAAUGUUUCAAAGAAACCCUAGCACGUGUUAGACCUUUUGUUUUAGCAUUAACAUCUACUGAAAGUGCGAAAUUAUGCAAAGUUUGGCUUAAUAAAUUAAAUGCUGUUACUUCGCAACGUCGUUUAAGAAACGAAUAUCUCACGGAAUUAUUCAGGCAAUUAAAGACAGGACAUGUUGGAGGAGUUUUCAGUAGACCUCCACCUAAUGGAUUUCUUCUACCAUUACCUAAGUCGUAUCAUAUGGUACCUAUAUUACGAUUUAUGAAAUUUAUUGUAAUUAAAGAAUAAUUAACAU